AUGGCUUGUCCCCAGCCCUUCUACUUGUUAUUACGUGCAGCCAGCCCUUGCUUCUGGAUAAGCUCCCGCCAUCACAUCACUCAUCAUUUGACCAAGCAGCCGCCUUGUCUCUGCCCGAUCAGCGGCUUCGUGUGUUGCCGUCUCACCCCUUUCCAGAGCCAACAGGACCUUAAUAGCGAGCCUGACCGUGCCGAUAAGGUAGCCCACUUGCCCUUCCCAGUUGUAACCGACCCUCACGUAAGUCCAGGCAUGGUUAACAAGCUCCGUAACUCUACCCGCAAACUGGAUAAGAUGAGUCUUCGCUGCCGCCAAAUCACCCUCCGACGCGGACACCCAACGGUACAGGUCGUUAUUAUCAACGACUACUUGUUCAUCCUGCCCCAGUUCGCCGGUGUGAUCCCGGAUCACGUAGCCAGAGAUUUCUGCUAG